AUGGAGGGGCUCGACGAUGGCUUCAAGGGAUUCGGCGAAGGAUUUGAUGGAUUUCCCAAGCGACUUCCCGAAGAUUGUGUGGAAUACUCACUUUAUAUUAUCGACUCCAAGUUAAAAUCACAAAAGGAUUUACUUAGCAGAUUAGAGGAUGUGCGGAAAGAGUCCUUGAAACUAUUGAAGGACUUAACUAAAGAUUAUAUAUGGCAACGGGAUGGCUUUAAGGUGGACAUAAAAUCUGAGGAGGGUUCAAUGUACCUCAACGGGAUUACAAAUUAUGGAGAUUCAGUCGAAGACGAAUGGCUUAUUGUGUAUAUACUUAAAGAAUUGAGCAGUCGAUUUCCCACAUUAUGGAUCAAAGUUAUGGACUCUGAUGGCGAGUUUCUAUUAAUUGAAGCUGCAAAUGCUCUUCCGAGAUGGUUGAAUCCUGAAAUCGCAGACAACAGGGUAUGGAUUCAUAACAAUGCUCUUCAAAUUAUACCAUUGCGUGCAGUCACUGAUUUCUCAAACAAAAUCCCUACUGCCCCAUUAUCUCGAUCACUUACCUUAGAAGAAGCCCACAAAACCAUAUCUUCAAUUCCAGAAAUACUCAUACAUUCACCCCUCAUCGAAGCCGAAGCAUUUUACCGUUUACGAAACUAUCCGGCCCAAAUUGCGGCUUCCCUGCAUCACGCUCGCAUCACAAUCCCGCGAAAACUUGCUUACAUCCUUCAUUCGCAUCCGACUUCUAUAGCCCCGGCAGUCGAAGCAUUCUAUCUGCGAGAUCCAAUUGCGCUCAAACCUCUCCAAACCGCUUCAUCCGAUCUUGUAUUUUCGCCAAAGGAUUUAGUUACCAUCUCAACCCAAUUUACCAAAGUUCUCUAUGCUCAACUGAAGUCGCAGCAAUUUUCUGCGCCUUUUGCAUGGAAGGAUAUUCUUGUGGCACCCGAUAAUAGCGCACCUCUGGACGAUUUUACGAAAUUAGAAAUGGGAAUGAAGGUUACCUCCGGAUUCGAAAUGCUUGUAACUGAUCCAAAAAAUGGCGAUCAUCGAUCCGUAAGGGAGAUCAACAUACUUCUAGGGGAUCUCGAUGAAGAUAAUUCAAAUCUUCCCAACGACGAUGAAAUAUCGACGUGGAAGGAUAACAUGAAGGAGGAUGAUGAAAAAUGGCUCGACAUUAACUUUGAGGAUUUCGAGAGAGAAUUAGAUGGAAAGAAUAAGGAAAAGAAAUCGGCUGGAAUUCCUGGAGCCUUUGGACCGGAGCCCCCAUCCGGAUUUGGUGAUGCGAAAACUGAGGCCGAUUUGAAGAAAAUGGUGGAGCGAUUUGAGGCUUUUCUCAACGAUGAUGAUGCUGGUCCCGAUGGUGCUGAGAUGGAUGAUAUGGAUGUUGAUGACGACGAUGACGACGACGACGAGGAUGACGACGAUGACGAAGAGGACAAAGAUGUUAGCUUCGACGAAGUGGAAUUCGCAAAGAUGAUGAGAGAGAUGAUGGGUAUGCCAACGGAUGAUAUGGACGAAUCCGCAUCUCGAGCCAAGUCAGGCAAAUCCCACAGGAUCGAGGAGGUCGAUAGUGAUGAUGAGGACGAGGGAGAAGAUGAAGCGGCGGAACUUCAAAAGGUGAUGAGGAGGAUGGAAGCAGAAUUAACAGAAGCUGGAGCUCUCAAUCUGGAAUUAACCCCGGAUAAAAUUGCUGCUUUUUCGGAUAUAAAGACGGGUACUGGAAAGGAUAGGCAGCGAGUCCAAGAUGAUGAGGAUGAGGAUGAGGAAGAGGAAGAAAGUGAUGAGGAAUUGGAUAUCGACUUCAAUCUGGCGAAGAACCUAUUAGAAAGUUUCAAGAGUCAAGGAGGUAUGGCUGGACCUGGAUCCAACCUUCUAGGUAUGAUGGGAAUGAAGCUACCUCGCGACGAAGAUGACGAAGGAAGGAGUCGUGGGAAAAGACCCGAAUAG